GGAGGGGAGAGCGGGGUCCGGCUGCACGCGCCACCUGCGGGGCUGCCUGGCUUCCUCGUUCUGGGGACACAGUUUCCCCGCGGGAGUUCGGGAGCGCGCCGGCUAGCGCGCACACAGGCUCGCAUCCACACACCAGCCAGAGCGCCCGAUCAUCACCGCUGCAGCUCCGGCCGGCCGGGCAGACCGAGCUGCUGCAGUUUUCCCUGAGCCCAGAGUCGAGGGCAAAGCAGAGCCAUUGUGCCUCGGAGAGAGCCAGGCGCCCGCCGGCCCCCUUGGGUAUCAAGCCCAGCAGACUGCUCCUCCCGCAUCGGCUGGAAUGCUUGCGGAUUCUUCUGGAAACUUCUAAACCUGACUCUGAGGACCCAGCUGAAAAAUGCCUUCGGAACGCUGUCUCAGUAUUCAAGAAAUGCUGACGGGCCAGAGGCUGUGCCACUCAGAAUCCCACAACGACACUGUCCUCGCAGCACUGAACCAGCAAAGAAGUGAUGGCAUUCUCUGUGAUGUGACCCUGAUUGCUGAGGAACAGAAAUUCCAUGCUCACAAGGCCGUCCUUGCGGCCUGCAGUGACUACUUCCGGGCAAUGUUCAGUCUUUGUAUGGUGGAAAGUGGAGCUGAUGAAGUAAAUUUACAUGGUGUGACCAGCCUGGGCUUAAAGCAGGCUCUGGAGUUUGCAUACACAGGACAGAUUUUGUUGGAGCCAGGAGUGAUCCAGGAUGUGUUAGCAGCUGGCAGUCACCUACAGCUGUUGGAGCUUCUCAAUUUGUGUUCCCACUAUCUCAUCCAGGAACUAAAUAGCUUUAAUUACUUGGAUCUGUACAGACUCGCUGACCUCUUUCACCUCACUUUGUUGGAGAAGGCGGUGAUUGAUUUCCUAGUGAAGCAUCUCUCAGAGCUCCUGAAGAGCCGCCCAGAGGAUGUCCUCACGCUGCCCUACUGCCUGCUUCAGGAGGUGCUGAAGAGUGACCGCCUGACUUCCCUGAGCGAGGAGCAGAUCUGGCAGCUAGCUGUGAGGUGGCUGGAGCACAACUGCCAUUACCAGCAUUUGGACGAGCUCCUGCAGUACAUCCGCUUUGGCCUCAUGGAUGUGGAUACUCUCCACACGGUUGCCCUAUCCCACCCCCUGGUCCAGGCCAGCGAGACCGCAACUGCCCUUGUCAAUGAGGCCCUGGAAUACCACCAAAGCAUCUAUGCACAGCCCGUGUGGCAGACCCGCAGGACCAAACCGCGGUUCCAGUCAGACACACUCUAUAUCAUUGGUGGGAAGAAGCGUGAGGUCUGUAAAGUCAAGGAACUUCGGUACUUCAACCCGGUGGACCAGGAGAACGCCCUCAUAGCUGCCAUCGCCAACUGGAGUGAGCUGGCUCCCAUGCCCGUGGGAAGGAGUCACCACUGCGUGGCAGUCAUGGGGGACUUCCUGUUUGUAGCAGGAGGGGAAGUGGAGCAUGCCAGUGGCCGGACGUGUGCAGUGAGGACUGCCUGUCGCUAUGACCCUCGCAGUAAUUCCUGGGCAGAGAUAGCACCCAUGAAAAACUGCCGAGAGCAUUUUGUGCUGGGCGCCAUAGAUGAAUACCUCUAUGCAGUCGGGGGCAGAAAUGAACUGCGCCAGGUUCUGCCCACGGUCGAACGGUACUGCCCCAAGAAGAACAAAUGGACUUUUGUGCAGUCCUUUGACCGAUCCCUUUCGUGUCACGCUGGAUAUGUGGCUGAUGGUCUUCUUUGGAUAUCAGGUGGAGUAACUAACACGGCACAGUAUCAGAACAGACUGAUGGUUUAUGAACCCAACCAGAAUAAGUGGAUAAGCCGUAGCCCCAUGCUACAGAGAAGGGUCUACCACUCCAUGGCUGCUGUCCAGAGGAAGCUUUAUGUUCUUGGAGGCAAUGACCUAGACUACAAUAACGACCGGAUUCUUGUGCGCCAUAUAGAUUCUUACAACAUUGACACUGACCAGUGGACACGCUGUAAUUUCAACUUGCUGACUGGCCAGAAUGAAUCUGGAGUUGCUGUCCACAAUGGGAGAAUAUAUUUAGUUGGUGGAUAUUCAAUUUGGACAAAUGAGCCUCUGGCUUGUAUCCAGGUAUUGGACGUAAGCAGAGAAGGCAAAGAGGAGGUGUUCUAUGGACCUACCCUUCCCUUUGCUUCGAAUGGGAUAGCAGCCUGCUUCCUUCCGGCUCCGUAUUUCACAUGCCCGAACCUUCAGACUCUUCAGGUGCCUCACCACAGGAUCGGCACGAUCUGAAAAGCCAGUGCUGUUUGACAGCAUCAGCAGGAGCCCAGAUGAGAACUUGGCAUCUGGGUACAGGGCUGGAACCUCCUCAGUGCUCAGUGCUUCCCCCGUCGUGUUUUACAGGUCUAAACUUGUGAUAAAUUCUAGCAAAAAAAAAAAAAAAAAAAAAAAGAACAAUUUUCUAAAGCUGUCGAGAAUUCGUCACUUCUUUUCGGUGUAUGUUAACACACAAUAUGUGUAACUCUUGUUGCGGUGCACCUUACUGCCAUCCUACUGGCAGUAUUGUUUCGUGGGUCUUUAAAACAUCCUUGUGCUGAUCAGAGCCGUGCAGGAUCACGUGACACUGUUAGUAAGGCACCUUUCACAGGUGCCAUCGGUUUUCUCAUAACCUUCCUGUACUUUGGCCUUUUAUGACUGGAACAUCACAGUACCAUUUUUCAAAGCUUGCCGUUCCUCAGAAGAGGGUAGGCCGGCCAGCAUCAUGAGCUCCAAGUGCCAUACUUUAUUCGAGGUGAUAGGAGCAACGGGCUUGGAAAAGUUAGAGUUCCAACCAACCUGGCUUACUGCCACUACUUUUAAUAAUGCAGUUUCUUUUUGGUCUAGAGUUUUGGGGGUUGCUUUAUUUACGACUAAAAAUAAAACAAAUCAUCUUAAUAAUCAUACUUUAGCAUAAAUGCAACAUAUUUGUUUUUUCUAAUCUUGGCCAAGACUUGAGGUCAUUUGUAUUAAAAGGCUGUUCAGCCAUUUUAGCAGUGCUUAUGUCAUAGAAAUUGUCUCUUCUACUCAUGUAACUGCAUUUUUUUAAAUCAUCAGAAGCAAAUGGAAAAAGUAACCCUUUUCCUUUUGUUCAAGGUGGCUUCCAUUGGCCCUGUAGUGAUGGUGGCUUCCAACUCAUGAUCCUCCCAAAUAAAGCCAUCUGUUUACAUUAGCAAAUUCGCCAACUUUAAGCACAGUUGUAAGAUACCUAAAGCACUGUUCUAAAAACAUGAACGACCUGGUCACUGGGUUAAAGGACAGGGAGUGAUAGAAAGGGUGAAGAGGGACAUUAACAAACACAACUCCAGAUAGCAGCAACAGUCGGUGCAGAGAGGGGGUGCGAACACUUCUAAAACCUGCCUAUGCAUCUUCAGAAAUAAACUUACAAGUUCUGUCAGGAAAGUACGUUCCUGUCCUGCUGAAUUCUUGCAACACAGACCCAAAUAACAAGUGUUUCAGACUUACUGACCAUUUUAGUUGGUAUAUGAAUCUUCUCCCUAGCAGUUUUGCCUUGUGAAACCACUAAAUAAAUCAUGUUGUAAUAAAUAAGUCAACAAACAAAUAGUUAGGUUCCCAGGUCCUAUACCCUGAAUGAAGGGAAAUGGCUUAAAAAUGAACUUACCCAACUGAAACACCUUAGACUUUAUGUAUUCAUUUCUAACGAUUCAGCAUAAACUACCAGUUUCUCCUUGAUGGCCUUCAUGGUACACUUUUUGCAGAGUGAGUGUGGACAUAUUCUUCAUAAUCAAGAACAACAUCAAAACUAUUAUACUGCUUCACUAAAAAGAAAAAGGAACGAGAUUGCACAAUUGAAUCCAUUUCCUCGAAAUCAUCUGCAAUGAGGAAAAAAAUCUGAGAUUAUAUUUCAUGUAUAUUAUAAGCAAAUCUCAUCCAAAAUACUCAACUAUAUACCUAGGUACUACUCAGUUGUAGCAUUGAAUAGUAAUUUGUCUUCUAUUUUUCAAUCCUCCAAAUUAGAGGCCGUAUUUUAUUUUCCAUAUAAGACCAAAAGACUUUGAAGCAUUUAAGCAUCACUUGAGGAUUUUACUUUAAAACAUAAAACAAGUUUCAACACCAUUCUGUUGUGAAAGGAAAAGCUAGCAAGGACAUGGCUCUCCAUUUAGAAUGGAAGACACCAUAAAUCCCCCAAUCUUUAAAAAUACAAUGCCACCUCAAUUGUAAUUAUGGCACUUUUCGUACUUUCCUGUGUUGUGGGUUACCCUGCUCAAACACCCCUUGGGGGAGGGGGUGAGAAGAGGCGGCACCAGCCACUCAGGCACUGGGAGUCAGUGAGUAGCAGAGCAUGCUGCAGACUCGGUUACUAAGGAAGUUAGACCUGCCUUUAUGCCCCCUCCCAAGGUCCCAUUGGUCCCAUUGGCUCAGGUGGCUGACUCUGCUGUGUUGUCCUUUCCUCACUGGUGUCUCUGGGCCAGGUGUCUCUCCCUGUCAGCAGUCUCUGGGGGUAGAGGCAGGCUUGGCUCAGGGAGGAAGUGCCUGCUGAGCAUGGUCAUGCAGGCUGACCUGGGCAGCUGCGGCUUGGUGGACUGGCCAGUAGUUUCUCCUAUACUCUUGUUUCUUCACGCCUAAAGUAUAUGUGUAGCAUCCCCUUCAGCUACUGCAAAAGUGGAAUGGAAACCUUCAUUGUCCACAAAUUAUAAAUGCAAUAGGAACAAAACAGAUACUCUGUCUCCAGGUAACGUGGCUCAUCUUUAUUUUCAUUGUAUAAUCACUGACAGAAUGUAAGCCAAAUGCAUAUGUUAAAAUUUAUACACCUGUCUUUUACCUUUAUCAUAUGCAAACAACCUAUAAACUGCAUAUAAAAUAAUAUCUAUAAUACCUAACAAACUGGGUAACUAUCCGCACGACACAGUUCUAAGUAAGGCCUGAGUUUGUAGCCCAGUUGGUAGAGUGUGUGUCUGGCUUACAGGAGACUUGGGGUUCCUUUUGCAGUAUUGCAGCUGUGGGGCUCAUGCUUUGCAUCCCACUUUGCUUGGGAAGUGAAAGUCAGAGGAUCACAAUUCAAGGUCACUCUUGGCUCUCAAGAGACUUCACAGAAGCCAGCCUGAAACAGAUUCUGACCCUGUCUUUGACAAACGCAUAAAUAAAAUAAUAAAAUGGGUCAGUUAUAAUCAUCUGGUACCAAAUUAGGUAAGCUCACCAUACAGGUGAUCACAGUAAAAACACAGCUCUUUUAUUUAAUCAACAUAGAAAAGAAUAUGCUGUUUUGCUAGAAUCCUAGACUGAUUGUUUUAACCAAAUAAAAUACAUAGUUUUUACUGGCAUUUCACACUCUUGCUUGACUAGGCAAUAUAGUUGACUCCAAGAAGGUAGAUAUUUGGUUUUACUCAGUGCAGAAUAUGUAGGACAUAGAAAAAAGCAGAUUUCCUCAGGAGUUUCCCAAAAUACAGAAACAUAUCAGUUUUAUAUAAAAUCUUAACUGCCAAAGACCUUGUGAAAACUGAGUGUGGUUAUUCUGAUGUACAACUGUUAGUCCAUCACUCCAGGGGGGGGGGGGCUGAAGCAGGAGGAUUUUAUGUUUAAGGCUGGCCCAGGUAUACAUAGCAAGACAAUCAAACAAGAAAAGAAACAACAACAAAAUCUAACAAGAGA